ACGUGAUCUUGAUCAAAUUUGACAGCUCGGAAGGCCCACAAGCAAUGAAAUGUCUGUUAUGGAUAUGGUGAUAUAUGAAACAGCUAGAGGGCGGUGUAAACCCUUUUAUCUCUAGAGUCAAACAUUAGUGUUGAGAAUAUCACUUCACAUCAGACUUAAUGGGCGGUAUUAGGUUGUAUGUUUCGCAUUACAAACAGGGGCUGUCGCGGUUGUCUGUUACAACGUUUGAUUGACAGGCUAGCUGUAAACACGAUAGACUGCCAGUUCUUUCAGUUUUCUCAUACUGUUGGGAGCUUCACGACAUAUCAUUACACUGUGUCUGGUUCUCUUGCAAUAUUUCUUGAGAGGAAUGUUUGUGAUUCAGUAGAGGAAAGUUAUUUUGAACUGUUGAAAAUUUUGACCUGGAAAAUGCAGCAACUGGGAGAGAUGUUGUCAACCUCUGUUUCCCAGUACAUUAAUCCGGAUUAUUACAAUCCUCUUCCCACAACGCUCGAUGCAAAGAAAAGUCCAUUAGCCAUGCUAGCUCAAACUUGUAGUAGCAUUGGGAAAGAUCCGUCAACAAAAUCCAUCAUUCCCCCGCUAGAGAAGAAAGAUGCCGAAAAACAACAGCUGGAAAAAUCAACUCCUGCUGAAAACGAAACGAAAGACUCAAACACCAAAGAAAGUGCUGACACUAAUGAUAAACCCAAAUUCCGUUCCGUAGCUCAUAAGGAUGUACCAGCCCUCGUCCCAGUAUCGCGAUCAAAGGAGGAGAAGAAUAUUGCUCCUACAUCAAAAUCCUCGCCAAAGCCGAAAGACGUCGUCAGCACAUCUUCUGCAUCGUCUCAGUUUGAACGCUCUAGCACAAGUUCCAGGUCGCCACAUUCGCGCCACUCUGUGCCAGACGACCACAAACGUCGACCUGAAUCACCGAGGUCGCCACGACCAACCCCGCGAUCCAUCGCUAGUGAUUACGAUAUCGCCAAAAGUGGCCCGUCUGCUUCUUUUUCCAGUUACCCAUAUUACUCGCAUCCUGGACUCUCUGUCGAUGCAUUGGUGGGUUACCCCUAUGGAUUACACUCCCAUGCCGCCGCAGCAGCUUUAGCUGCGCAGUCCUCCGCCAUCGCUGCUCAGUCCUCAGCUCUGAAAUCCGCUUAUGGAUCUUCCAUGUCUCCUUAUGUUUCAUAUGCCCGUGUUCGAACCCCAUCAGGGGCUACAACUCUUGUACCUGUAUGCAGAGACCCAUAUUGUACAAAUUGUCAGAUGACUGUUCAGAAUUCACAUUUAUCUUCGACGUGUACCGCUGUUGGAUGUACACAAUGUGCACAUGAAAAAGCGUUGCAAAAUCUCAGUAUGGGACUAUCCUCAUAUUCACAUCUACCACCAACGUCUUUCUCAGCUUCUAGUCUCAUGUCACCUCAAGGAUUGGGAUCACAUCUAUUUUCCUCAUCCUUGUAUCCAUCGUUAACCGCAGCCCACAGUGGCCUACCAUUUGUCUGUAACUGGGUUUCCCCGGGAAAUGAACCAUGUGGGAAAAGAUUUACAACAUCUGAAGACCUUUUGCAGCAUCUUCGUUCGCACACUACUGCUACAGAUCCACUUGCUUUAGCAGCGGCCUAUGAACGGUAUGGUGUACCACCAGCUGGACUCCCGGGAUUUUCACACUUAGGUCUUCCCUCACCCGGGUCCAGUAGUCCAGGUUCGUUAAGGAGAGCAUAUCCGACUAGUCUGAGUCCUUUGAGUGCCAUGGGCUCUUCCCGUUACCACCCUUACAAAUCUGUGGCAGCACCGCCUUCAGCAGGACUUCCUACACAACAGCUUCCCUCCUUCGGACCUUAUUUUUCCCCCUAUUCUUUAUAUGGACAGAGGAUAGGAGCCGCCGCAGUUCCCUGAAGAACUGUAAAGGUGUAACACUGACUCAGGACUUGCGCUCAAUCUAUCCCUGUAUUAACUUACUCUUAAUUAUUUCUCUGGAGAAAAACAUCUAGAGACUAAAUUUGAUGAAUUUUAAUAUAUAUAUAUAAUAUAUAUAUAUAUAUAUAUAUGUGAUACAUUAAAGAUGCUAAUGAUAUUA